AUGAAGAAAAAAGGAGGAGUAGGUUUUAAAGCGGUGUCCCUGAACGACUCUUUCGAAGAGGAGGAGGAUUUAGAAGAAGAAGCGUCUCCUUUUCCUCCUCCUCCUGGAACCAAAAGGAACGACGACGUGAACGAAAAAGAAGAAGAAGAAACAUUCGCGACGCCAAUGACGACGUUUAAAAUAAAAACGGGAUCUGAUGAUGCGACUGCUGCAAACGACGUAAACGGCUUAACUUCGGAAGAACGAGGAGGAGUUUCGGCAAAAACAAACGUCGCGAGUGGUGGUAAUGGUGGUAAUGGUGGUUUUGGCAGCAACGACUCGUCGCCGACGACUUUAAUUGCGAACGAAUCGAGAGAUACGAUUUCAGAGUUGAGAAACAACAUCAAUGCGUCGUCUCCGACGAAGAAGAACAAUACUAAUUUCUUGUACAACAAUAAUCACCAGCAGCAGUAUAAUCAUCAUCAAAACAGAAACGAAAAAGACAAUAACGAGAGCGACGUGUACCACGUGCACAACCGGUCGAUAAGCGCGACGAGUAUGGAUGGGUUAAUUUCCCGGUUAGACGAGGAAAGCGGGAACGGAGGAGUCGGCGAGAGGACGAACGAUUCGCGAUUCAACGAAUUCUCGGACGGCGGCGGACGACGGAGAGAAGACGGUAGCAGUAGUAGUAGCAACGCGAUUGUUCGAGCGUGUUCGAAAGCGUUAGAUAUUCCGUGGUGUUUCGGAGAGUCGAGGAAAACGAGGAAAAACGUGGUAUCGAUAUCGAUUGUAUUGUUGUUGAUUUUGUUCGCCGCGAUUCCGUUGCGACAUUGGCAGCACAUGUCGUGA